AAUAAUUUAUCAUUAAUAUACUUGUCUAUUUGAAUUGAUCAAUCAUCCUAAUAAUAUAAUUUUUGUUUCACCAUGGCUUCCGCCACAUGAUACGACAGUUCUUGAUCUUAAGAAGACUAUGGAGCGACACAUGUGUUUAUCUUUUGUAAGGGAAAACGUCCGGAAGAUUCUCACAAAUGAAGCCAGACGUACAAUCUUCUAACAUCAUACAAGUUAGCUCUGAUGCAAAAGAUUUGUUUCAAUUUCUAACAAUCAAUUUCUUCUGAUUGGACAUUCUAUACAGUGCCUCCAAUCCUCUCUCAGUGAUUUUUUCACAACCUGAGAUAUCAAAUAACUCCGUAAGCUCUCCUGAUAUUUUGUCUAAGUACCAGUAGUUAAUAUUUUUGCAAUUCUUGAUGCCAAGCUACUUCAGAUUUUUGAGAUUACACAAGGUAUUCGUAAUCAAACACGGAUCAAAUCAAAAUAUUGACAUCUAUUGCUUCGAGAAUAUAGUAGUUCAUAUGUUAUUGGUAAAUAUGAAGUAUCAUCCUUAGUUGAAUUUGUUCAAAAAUUGGAAUCCUGGAAUCUCACUUUGCCUCCGCGAUGCAGAAUAAAAAAACUUACCGUCCCCGGAAACUUUUCGACCCUGGUAAAUUAUCGAUCCCUUACAAUUUAGCGAUCCUGGUAAUUUACCGACAUCUGAAAUGUUGUGGACCCUGGUAACUUACCGAUUCUCGGAAACUAAUGGACCUUGGUAACUUACCGAACUCCAGAAACUUAAAUUAACCACUAUGGAUCAUUUGUUAUUGUGUUAUCCACUCUUAUCAACAGAAACUGACAUAUUGAAGUUCUAACAUUGAACGGCAGUGUCGCUCUCUCAUAUUGAUAUUUCUGGAGCUUCCUAAUUUGUUAUGGAAACUGACUAAGAUUAAAACCGCUUCGCGAAAAUCGUGAAUGAUACAAAACUGUCUGCAAACUAGGCACGUGCAAUACAGAUAAAUAAAUAAGCAUCGUAAAGCAUAUAAUAUGAACAUUACGGAAAAACCUGAAUUAAAAGAUGCAAUAAAAGAUACUACAGAAGAAUUGUAUCCUGAUACAGCAAAGUCUGAGAUUACACAACUUAGUCAUCAGGAAUUGAUAGAAUUGGCUGAAGUAGCAAUUAUAUAAAAGAUGAAAGCUCUCUUCUAUAUGGUCGAGAAAAUUUUACAUACAAACGACAAAUUCAUUAUUGUUUUACAAUGGGCCACUUUGCUACAUGUUACAGCAUCGCACUUGAAGUUGAUGAAAGACGCUACGUUUGCCAAGUUCACAGGUCACUCAGUACAUACUAUACAGCUGCAAAAAGUCUAACAUAUGGACCAAGUGAAAUUCUGGGACUUAAGUGAUAGCAAUAGAGAGAGAGAGAGAGAGGGGAGGAAAAGGAUGGAGAAAAUAAGGGUGGCCGCAUGCGCACUCCUCGAAAUAGAUGGCGAGUCUCAACUACCACCUCCGCAGAUUAUAGAUGUUUAGUAUCGACGUUGUUGCCAAUGCGUCGCUUUCGCCAGCUCCAAAUCUAAAUAAUCGCUUUCGAGAACGUUUACGUGCGACGUGAAAGUAUCUCUGCUGUUCUCAUAGUGUGAGAUAAUGAAUGAUAUCGUGGGACGUGAUAAAUCGAGCGACAAGGUGCGAUUAUGUGUUCGCUUUAUUACCUGCGUUAGCAUCCUCUUCCUUCUCCGUCAUCAUCAUUAAUCAUGAUCCACGCGACUGCGAUCAUCCUGGAGAAGCAAUAUGCCGAGCCUCCGAACUUCAGGAAGAAGAAGAAGAACGUGGCGAACGUGUGCACAUAUCGCAAUAGCGACGUUGCUUCUGUUCGUCAAUAGCUGCCUGUGCGAGCGCAGCCAACUUACACGCGGUAUCACCACCACCGCAACCAUCACCACCACUGAGAUGCUACCGCGAGGAUGUAAAUUGGAAGGCCUUCAUCCCCUUAUGAUCGUUACGUAUAAAAAGAUCACUAUAUCUGUAGACAAAAUUAGUGUACUUCACAACGAACGCGUUACGCUGCGAUGUCGGGAAUUGGGUAAAUAUAAGUUCAUCGGCGACUCGUUGCUACACUGCCGCAAUGGCACGUGGAACGGGAAGCUACCUAAUUGCGUGCCUACCACGGCUAUCUCUAAUUACACCGAAGACGUACCACCGACUAUCGUUUUUGGCUUACCUACCGGUUCGGCCGCCGUAGAACCAAACGGAGCACUUGCCGUAUUCCCAGGAAGCAUCCUACAUCUGGAGUGCCUCUUCGCAAGGAAGCUGGGCAAUCCCGAAUGGACGUGGACCUCAAGCUUCCGUGGAUAUCUGACGGGAUGGGCGAUAGCUACUCGAGAGAGAGACUGGAAGUAUCGUUUGUCGAUAUAUUACGCUAAACCGCAUAAUUCCGGUGUAUACACGUGCACCACGCCCAAAGGAUUGUCCAAUUCUAUACGAGUCCGUGUUGUAGUAGAUGUUCAAUGUCCAGUGUUAACUGUCCCGGGGGGAGGGUCACCGUUGAUAAGUCGCAUUGAAGGCAGGCGAAUGGGACAUAGUGCCAUUUUCGAAUGUCCAAUGGGAUACAGACUGGAAGGUGCUUCCAGUAUAACAUGUCAGUACAACGGCGAGUGGUCCGGUGGAAUGAAUGUGCCGCAUUGCAAGAAAAUCAAGUGUCCGUCGAUGAAUAUUUCUGAUAAUGCUUUGCUGCAGCUGACUGAGCACAACAAUACUUUCGGUGAAACAGCUAGUUUCACCUGUAUGUGGGGACACAAGCUCUCGGGGUCGCAGAGUAUAAGAUGCGAGAGUGACGGAAGAUGGAAUGGAUCUAUGCCGACUUGUUUAGAAAUUACUUGUCCCGUGCCGGAGACGCCGCGAAGCGGUCGUAUCAUCGAGCAAACUCGAUAUUCCAACAACAACAAGAAGCAGUAUCGUAGCCGAAUAUACAAAGUCGGCGCAUUAGUGAAAUUUGCCUGCUCUCCGGGUCAUCAAUUGAUAGGAGAGGCGUCUAUCAUAUGCACCGAGAAUGGCACCUGGUCUCAUCGCUCGCCAGUAUGUAAAGUAAGAUGUCCUUAUCCGGGUGAUCCUCCUCACGGUCGAAUUGCGCCUCUCAAGUUUUGGUACAAACCGGGAGACAAUAUUCAAGUUACAUGUUCACCUGGUUAUGUGACUCCUUUGGAACCAGUGAAGAAACCGUCUUGUCGAGAAAACGGCAUUUGGAGCGCGCCGCCACCUCCUUGUCGGUCUUACAAGGAUGUAUGAUAAGAAAAAAGAAAACGCGUGAACGGAUCGUUCCUAUCCGCAGUGACAUUCCGUCAUAUUCGUUGUGUGUGGUUUUGUCUUAGGUGGAGGAGGAAUGUAUUCGAUAUUCAUUACACGGGUAGCAAUUAGUGAGCAUGAAUAUUGAGAAGAAGACGACUCUCGUGAGAUUCUCUCGUGCAGAUGCAUUCUCUCAUUCGGACCCUUACCGUGAUCACACAUGAUAGGUGGUGCAUGCUACUCUCUAAUAAAAUAUACAUCAGAGAGAUAUAAAAUUUUAGAUCAUAUCUUAUGCCUGUAAUUUUAAAUUGUCCAAAAUAUCUUACUUUCAGAUAUUCACAGAAUGUCUGUGUAGGGCUGUGUAAUAAUACUUGAUAUAUUGUUUUCUUUGAAAAAGAUAUCUCUGCAACAUUUGCACGCGAUUAUGCGGUAUUAGUAGGAUUUGUGCCCACGAUGUUAGAUCUCGGACCGAGAUUUAAUAUUUUAUGUUGAUAGAUGCUGCAAAAAGUGUUAGAACUUCCAGUUAUUUUGUAGUAAUUUUUAUAUUCAACAACAACAACAACGCUGUCUGAGAUCUCUACGAACAUCGUACGGGACAUAAGGGGAUGUCGGAGUGCCAGAAUUUUUCACCAGAAUUUUUGUGUAGGCAAAUUCUAACUCUCUAUUCUCGUUUCUGGCUAAAUCAUAAAAUCAUCAAAUUCUUUUGCAUGAUUGAUUAACAUACAUAUGUUAAUAUAACUCGGACUGCCGGUCCUCGACUUUGUAUCGAAAAAACGAAAAAGGUUUAAAAAUUGUAUUAUUCUC